AUGGCUUACUGUUUGGAGAUUAUGUCUAUUCAAGCCAUCAACCCAAUUCAUGGCGGUCCAAUUUCCGGGCAUAGAGUGAUUCACCGUGACCGUGAAGAUGGUAGACUAGGCUUGUCUACUUUACAAAAAGUAACAGCAGCAUUUCGAAUUUUGGCUUAUGGAGUAGCAGAAGAUGCAACAGAUGAAUACAUCCAAAUUAGGGAAUCAAUAGCAAUUGAAAGUUUGAAGAGAUUUUGCAGAGCGGUCGUAGAGGUCUUUGGACAACGCUAUCUAAGAGCGCCUGAUGCUAAUGAUGUUGCAAGGUUGCUUGAAAUUGGUGAGAGGCAUGGCUUUUCUGCAAAUGGUACGGCACCUCCUGCUCAUUAUGUUAUUCAAGGUAAAGUGUACGAUACAGGAAAUUAUUUAGCUGAUGGGAUAUAUCCGAAAUGGUCAACCCUGGUACAAACUAUUCAUCAACCCCUAGGACCAAAGAAAAAGUUAUUUGCAAUGAUGCAAGAAGCAUGUAGAAAGGAUGUAGAACAUGCAUUUGGGGUCCUUCAAUCAAGAUUUGCAAUAGUCAAGGGACCAGUACAUUUUUGGGAUAAACAUGUAUUGCAUGAUAUAAUGACAUCAUGCAUCAUAAUGCAUAAUAUGAUAAUUGAAGAUGAACGUGAUGAGCAACUCGAUAUACAAAGUUGGAGAGAAGGACCGGCUCCUGAGGUUGAUAUAUGUAGAGAUGAAAGAAUUGUCUUUGAAGAGUUUCUUGCUCGACAUAGGCAAAUCAAAAAUAAAGAAGCGCAUUAUGCGCUUCGUGAUGCAUUGAUCGAGCAUAUGUGGGAACAUUAUGAAUUUGGUGCAUGGUUGGAGAUGGUCUUAGAAACCAAUAAUGGCACCAAGUUGCUUCUAAAAAAUAUAAAGCAUGUUCCAGAUAUCAGGUCACUUGGUGGUGCUCGCUAUUUUGUUACCUUCAUUGAUGACUACUCAAGGAAAUUAUGGUCUAGGGUAAAAGAUUUGUUGGCACAACAGGGUCUUCUAAAAACCUUGAAGGCAGAAAAGCCAGCUAAUCUGAAAGAGGCUGAUUGGAAGGAGUUGAAGAAGCAGGAAGCUACGAACGUGGUACAUGCUGAUUACUCUUAUUAUAGUGAAGGUGGUGUUCUAGCAGCUACUAGUAACAAGUUCGAACAUUGUUUGGACUUGUUGGGUGUUUCUAGAUGCUAG